AUGGACGCUGCGCUAGCCCUGCUGGCCCAGUGCUAUCCUCAACCCGGGACCGGAUUUGAGGGUCCCUCUUGGGUACCUGACCUGCGAGCUUAUCCUCCCGCAUUCCGGGACCAAGAGGAGGGAUACCAAGCAAGUGGUCUUUCGCCAGCAAACUUCUAUGUCGAAGACGAGGGCCCUCUGGUCGCAACGGGCAAGUUGUGUGAUGCCGUGAGCUUUGUGGCGGAGUCAUCUGAUGCCAAUGCCGCGAGCAUGAUGGAGCUCCUUCGGCGGUUGCAACCAGCGAACAUCCACCCUGCUCCGUCAUACAUCACCGAUGAGCCCUUCCUCGAUGCCUGGGCGAGGACGCUCGUGCUCGACCUUACGGCAGAGCGUUUCCCCACCAUCCGUCACGAACCUCUAGAGGCCCUGAAAGCAAGACUAUUGACCGUUCUCGAAUCAGAUGAAACCGACGGUAGAAGCGCUGAGUCAGAACUGAAUGCCGUCAACAACUCUGUCCGAGAUACAUGGACGGACAUGAGAUUCUUCACCGCCGGGAAGUUCAUGGGUUUCGGACCGUUCGACAUGCAACCCGGCGAUGUGGUGAGCGUACUGCUCGGGCUGUCCACGCCACUUAUUAUCAGACCUGCCAAAGGUGGAGCCUACACGGUCGUUGGCUGGGCUUAUGUCCAUGGCUUGAUGGACGGCGAGGCGUUACUCGGGCCUUUGUUGCCGACUUGGAGAUCUAAGCAGUACUGGACCAACAGGCGCUUUCUGGUUCGAUAUCAGAAUAUAGAGACUUCGAGGAUCCAGCGAAGUGAUCCGAGACUCCAACCGCUGCCUUCGGAUUGGAGGCGUGUUUAUGCUGAUGUGACGCAGGACGAUUCGGUGGUUGUUGCUCAUUAUCGUAAUCGUGGUACUGGAGAGGUCAUCAAUUAUGAUCCGAGGAUGACUAGACAUGCUCUUCUUCGACGUGGCGUCCAGCUGGACUAUGUGCGCCUCGUAUGA